ACUGCCUAUCCUGCCUCUCCAGCGCUCUUGCCUCCCGUUGCUGUGCGCUGCAGUGCUUCGCUUCGGUCUUUUGCUUUGUAGCCUGUACCACCGCUUCGCCGCCCCCUCCUUUUCUCCUCUCCCCGCCUUUGCCAGAUCCUCUCCUGGUCAACAUCCAGCGAAUGAUCGGUCCAACCCCAGUCCCCCUGCAGGGAACUGUGCCGGAGCAGCUGAGGUCUGAGUGAAAGCUUCUAAAAUAAGACGUGGAUAUAAGUGUCGUUGUUGGUGUUACCCAGGAUCUUAUUUCGCGGGCAUGCCAGUACCGGACCAGCCGUCGGAGCAGGAGAAAGGCGCCAGCCUGCUGAGCCCGGGUCUGCCUGCAUCCAAUGGAGACGGAUCGGAUGGGACCGAGACCACCUCCGCUAUCCUGGCCUCUGUCAAAGAACAGGAGCUGCAGUUUGAAAGGCUGACCCGUGAGCUGGAGGCGGAGAGACAGAUUGUGGCCACCCAGCUGGAGAGAUGCAAGCUGGGCUCUGACACCGCAGGAAGCAUGACUAGCAUCAGUUCGGCAGACGAGCAGUUUCGCUGGAACUCACAAGCCGAUGGCCAGAAGGACAUAGAGGAUGAGCUGACCACUGGACUAGAGUUGGUGGACUCCUGCAUCCGGUCACUCCAGGAGUCUGGAAUUCUGGAUCCCCAGGACUACAACACAGGACAACGUCCCUCUCUUCUCUCCCAGAGUUCUUUGCAGCUCAACUCCACCCCGGAGGCUUCGCUCCAGUACUCCGCCAACUACCAUAGCAACCAGACCCUCGCCCUUAGCGACAGCGGCGCUGCGGCAACCCCACAGCGUAGCGGACAGGUCGGUGGGGCCGUGCAUAGCUACAACCAGGUGACGUCCAGCCGUGCGGCCCAGCAGCAGGCGGCGGGAGGCGGAGAUUCCUUCUCUCAGAGCCACGGGAGUGCCUUCCACCUGCCGGACGCACAGCCGCAGACUGCUGGUCACUAUUACUCCAGUUCCACCUUGCCGGCCCAGCGUGUGAGUUCUCCCCUGACAGGUGGAGGGGGAGUUGGAGGUUCCGGUUCUCCGAACAAGCUGCAGCGCCUGGGCUCUGCCUCAGAUUCACCAGGCUACGUCACCACCCAGCGCCUGCCUUCCUCUUCCCCUUCAUCCUCACCCAACAAACAGUCCCCAGCCAACCGACUGGCCAAGUCCUACAGCACCACUGUCGCUGCGACAACAGGAGGCUCUGGGUCUCCGCACAGGGUGGGGUCCCCGCCCAACAACACCGUUGCCGGGGGAGGGGCUAGCGCUUCAUCGUCACCGCUGCACCAGAUGAGUUCAGGCAUAGGGAGCUACGCAACCCUAUCUCCCAAACGACUGGCUGCUCACCACGCCUCCGACCAGUACAAGAUAUCCCACGAGCUCUAUGCUACUGCCACACUACAGAGACCUGGCAAUCUGGCAGGUUCUAGGGGUUCCUACAGUAGUCAGCACAGCCACUGCGGUCCAGACCAGCACCCUGUGGGCUCCCCAGAACCCCACAUAGAGCCCCUCUAUGAGGACAGGGUCAACCUCUACCAUAAAGGACCUAUGAGAGGACUCGGAAACAACACUGCCCCGCCCUCCCCUGGUGUCGACUCCGCCUCUUUACAGCGAGCUGGCUGCCACGGCGCCGGGGGAAGCUACGCCCGCGGGGGCGCCAACAACUACGCCACGGUCGGCCCCGGCUAUACCGCGGAGGCCUACGCCACUGACCCAUACAGCGCCGACCCUUACCGCACCCUCCAGUACUGCCCCUCCGUUGAGUCUCCCUACAGCAAGUCCGGACCCGCCCUGCCACCAGAGGGCACCCUGGCACGCUCGCCGUCUAUCGACUCCAUACAGAAAGACCCAAGGGAAUUUGGAUGGAGGGAUCCAGAGUUGCCUGAGGUGAUCCAGAUGUUGCAGCAUCAGUUCCCUUCGGUCCAGUCCAAUGCUGCUGCCUACCUCCAACACCUCUGCUUUGGAGACAACAAGAUUAAAUCAGAGAUUCGCCGUCAAGGGGGCAUCCAGCUGCUGGUGGACCUAUUGGACCAUCGUAUGAGCGAGGUCCAUCGCAGCGCCUGCGGAGCCCUGAGGAACCUGGUGUACGGCAAGGCCAACGACGACAACAAGAUCGCCCUGAAGAACUGCGGGGGGAUCCCGGCCCUGGUACGCCUGCUGCGCAAGACCGGAGACGUGGAGAUCCGAGAGCUGGUCACAGGUGUGUUGUGGAACCUGUCAUCAUGCGACGCCCUAAAGAUGCCCAUCAUUCAGGAUGCACUGGCCGUUCUGACCAAUAGCGUCAUCAUCCCCCACUCCUCCUCCUGGGACUCCACCCACAAUCUCCAUGACAAUCGCAAGCAACAAACACACACCUCCCAGGUGCUGCGCAAUGCCACCGGCUGCCUCAGGAAUGUGAGCUCGGCUGGUGAGGAAGCCAGGAGGAGGAUGAGGGAGUGUGAUGGCUUGACAGACGCUCUCCUCUACGUCAUACAGACGGCCCUGGGCAGCGACGACAUCGACAGCAAGACCAUAGAGAACUGCGUGUGUAUUCUGCGUAACCUGUCAUACCGGCUGGCGGCUGAGACUUCUCAGGGCCAGCAGCUGGGUUCAGAGGAGCUGGACGGACUGCUGUGUGAUGCUAACGGACGUGACGGAGAGACUUCAGGCUGCUGGGGAAAGAAGAAGAAGAAAAAGAAGGGACAGGACCAGUGGGAUGGUGUAGGACCUCUCCCGGACACUGUGGACCCUCCCAAAGGAGUCCAGAUGUUGUGGCAUCCGUCCAUAGUGAAGCCCUACCUGACCCUGCUGUCAGAGUGCUCCAACCCAGACACUCUGGAGGGAGCGGCGGGAGCCCUGCAGAACCUGGCUGCAGGCAGCUGGAAGUGGUCCGUCUACAUCCGUGCUGCGGUGCGUAAGGAGAAGGGUCUUCCCAUCUUGGUGGAGUUGUUGAGGAUCGACAACGACCGCGUGGUGUGUGCUGUCGCUACGGCACUCAGGAAUAUGGCCCUGGAUAUAAGAAACAAAGAGCUGAUAGGCAAAUACGCCAUGCGGGACCUCGUCCACCGGUUGCCUGGCAGCAGCAGUAACAACACCGGAGGAAGUGGUGUGUCAGGCGGAGGACCCGGUGGCCCGGUGACGCCCAGUAAGACCAUGUCAGACGAUACGGUGACGGCGAUCUGUUGCGCUCUGCACGAGGUCAUCACCAAGAACAUGGAGAAUGCCAAAGCCCUGAGGGACGCCGGUGGGAUAGAGAAACUGAUUGGCAUCGCUCGUUGCAAAGGAGACAAACAUUCAGCCAAGGUGAUGAAGGCAGCCUCUCAAGUGCUCAGCAGUAUGUGGCAAUACAGGGACCUACGCAGCCUCUACAAGAAGGAUGGAUACUCCCAGUAUCACUUUGUAGGUUCAGCUUCUACAAUUGAGAGAGACAGACAGAGACCAUACUCCUCCUCUCGCACGCCGUCUGUGUCCCCCGUACGAAACUCACCCAACAACCGCUCAGCGAGUGCCCCUGCCUCUCCCAGAGAGAUGAUGAGCAUAAAGGAACGUAAGCCUGAAUAUGACGCCACGGCAACCAACGCAGGUUUCCACAGCAACAAAGGAGAGCAUACAUCCCGGAAAGAUGCCAUGGCAGUCCAAAUCUCCUGUGGAAGAUCCACAUUGUUCCGGAAUUCUUAUGUGACUGCUAAUGAUGAGAUCAAACACAACCAGGUCCCUCCCCAGCCCGUGGCCCAAGCGCCGCAGUCAGACUGCUCUCCUCCACCCAAAGACUACGACAAGUUCCCUCCAUCCCUCCCUCCAUCUUUCCCUCCUCCGCAGAACCCCGGACGCAUGCUGGACGACUCCUUCUUUGAGCCCCCGGACCAACCCCUCCCCCAGCCCCCGUCUCAGACCGCCACAGACCUCCGGAUGCACCUGGGCCUCAAGUCCACCGGCAACUAUGUGGACUUCUACUCCGCAGCCCGGCCGUACUCCGAACUGAACUACGAGACCAGCCAUUACCCAGCUUCCCCGGACUCCUGGGUCUAGGCAUGGAAGUCACGAAUGAAUUAACCCCGGUCCCGGAAAGAAACAGGCUGGUGCCGGGUUUAGCUCCAACCCAGCACUAAGAACAACUUGAUUGGAGUGAUGGGAGGGCGAAGUGAACAGCUGGUUUCAGGACGUCAGGGUUGUUAGUGCUGCGCUGGAACAGAAGUCUCCAUGGUCCUGCAGUUCUCCAGGGCCGGGAGUAAAGAUCCCUGGUGAUGAAAAUGGGGGGU